AAUGAGAUACGAACAUACCUAUAAAAGUAAAAGUUCAACUUCUGGUUGAUUAUUUAGCAGUCAUGGCUCGAACUUUAAUUUUGACAGCAUUAGUUUCCAUUUCUCUGGCAUUUCCUCAGAAUGCCCAAUUUGAGCAAUACGAUUCACUGGAUUCUGUUAGAAUAGCUGGAGGGUCUAGAGCAUCAAUAAACGAUUAUCCCUAUGCAGUGCAAAUUACUACGGGUUCUUUCUUUUGCGGUGGAUCAAUAUUGUCUAACGCAUGGAUACUUACGGCGGGUCAGUGUUUAACUGACGUAGAUGCAAUAAAUGUAACGGUUUUUGCUGGUGAUGAACGUGAAGAAGGCGAUGAAGGUGUUUUAGUAAAAGCUGAAGAACUCUACAUCCAUCCUCAGUACUCAGAGCCUCCUUAUUUGGCUAACGCAGGUCCCGACUAUGAUGUCGGUUUGAUAAAAUUGUUACAUAAUUUGACCUUCAGUGAUACAAUUCGUAGUAUUCAACUAAUUGAUGCAAAUCAACAAAUAGCACCAGGAACCAAUGGAACGGUUGUAGGGUGGGGAACGCAGUCAGAAUAUGUUAAUGCCAGUUAUAGUGAUGAACUACAAGCAGUUUGUGUACCGGUUAUCGCACAAGACAAAUGCAGAAGUACUCUUAACCUUUCCGGACAGUACCUCACCGAAAGAAUGCUGUGUGCUGGUUACGACGAAGGUGGCAAGGAUUCCUGUUCCGGCGAUUCUGGAGGACCCUUGGUUGUCAAUAACACCCUCAUCGGUAUCGUAUCGUGGGGUCGUGGGUGUGCACGGAAGGGAAGUCCUGGAGUCUACACUAACGUCACAGCCAUUCGUCAGUUCAUUAGAGAUACUGCAUCACUCUAAAGAAAGAUACUUAUUAAAAUAAACAAGAUUCACUAAUAA